AUGGCCUCCAACUGCGGGUUCGCCCAUUCCGACGCCACCGUCUUGGAAAAAGCCGACGAAAGAGAUGGUCCGGCUGCUUGGGCCAGCAAAUCGCGAACCCAAUCCGGCCAUGUUGACGAGAAAAAGGUGCUAAGCAAGAUGGACAUGCGGUUGAUUCCCGUGCUCGCGCUGCUCUAUCUCUUAUCCUUUCUUGAUCGCGGAAACAUUGGCAACGCCCAAGUCGAAGGUCUAAGCGGAACGCUCGGCCUCCUUCCAGACCAGUACAACUGGUGUCUUACAGUCUUCUUCUUCCCCUACGCCGCGUUCGAAGUCCCAAGCAAUCUGCUGCUCAAGAAGCUCCGUCCCAGUCGCUGGCUGCCCACCAUCAUGGUGGCCUGGGGAGUGGUCAUGACGCUGAUGGGGCUCGUCAAGAACUACCACGGGCUCUUGAUUGCCCGUUUCUUCCUGGGCGUCGCCGAGGCCGGCCUUUUUCCAGGUGUUGCUUACUACCUCACAAUGUGGUACUGCAGACACGAAGUCCAAUUUCGGCAAGCGCUCUUCUUCAGUGCGGCCUCCAUUGCUGGCGCCUUCAGCGGUCUCCUCGCCUUUGCAAUCAGCAAGAUGGAUGGAGCGGCUGGCCUUGAAGGCUGGCGGUGGAUAUUCAUCCUUGAGGGCAUCGCCACUGUGCUUGUGGCCUUUGCUGCCUUUUUCCUGAUUCAUGAUUUUCCAGAGACGGCCACGUUCUUGAGCGAGGACGAGAGAGCCUUUGUCAUCCACAGGUUAAAGUAUCAGGGGCAGACGACCACGCAGGUAGAGCAGGCCGAGGAAUUCGACUGGAAGUAUGUUGCGCAGGCCUUUGUGGAUUGGCAGGUUUGGGUGAGCAUCCUCGUUUACUGGGGGGUUGUCUGCCCAAUAUACGGAAUCAGCCUGUUUCUCCCCAGCAUCAUCAAGGGCCUCGACUACUCCAAGACGGAGGCGCAGCUCAUGACCGUCCCCAUCUACGUCACCGCCGCCAUUCUAGCCGUGAUUUUCGCCUUUCUAUCCGACAAGGCCGGCAAGCGAAGCCCCUUUGUGAUCGGCUUCAUGUGUGCUGCGUCGGCCAACCCCAAGGUCGUGUACGGGGGCGUCUUCGUCGUCGCGUGCGCCAUCUACCCUGCUUUCCCCGGCAUCCUCGCCUGGCUGUCCAACAACCUGUCGGGAAGCUGCAAGCGGAGUGCAGGCAUGGCCGUACAAAUCAGCGUCGGCAAUCUCGCAGGCGCCAUGGCGUCCAACUUUUACAGAAAACAUGACGCGCCGCGCUAUUUCCUCGGCCAUGGGCUGGAGCUCGGCUUCCUUGCCGUGGGCAUCAUCGCCGCGGGGGUUCUCAUCCUGGGGUACAAGAGACUGAACGACGCGAGGGAACGAGACUUGGCAGAGGGCAAGGCCGGCAAUUUCUCUCCGGCCGAGUUGAGUGCGCUUGGCGACAGGGCGAUAACAUUUCGGUACAUGUACUAA